AUGGCGACGUCCAGAAUCUUGGUGUACGGUGGCAAAGGAGCACUGGGUAGCGUUGUAGUUAACUACUUCAAGUCCAGAAGUUUUUGGGUUGGUUCCAUUGACCUGACAUUGAAUGAACAUGCUGAUGGCAAUGUCAUUGUGAAAUCUGAGUGCUCCUUGCCUGAGCAGGAGGCUGAUGUGGUGAAAUCAGUGGGAGAACUGCUUGGUGAGAACAAGGUGGAUGCUAUCUUCUGUGUGGCUGGCGGAUGGGCUGGUGGAAAUGCUAAAAAGAUUGUAGCUGCUGCAGACUCCAUGUGGAAACAGUCAGUCUGGCCAUCGGUGAUCACCGCCAGUUUAGCAUCCAAGUAUCUGAAAGACGGUGGUCUUAUCACAUUGCCUGGAGCUCAGGCUGCCCUUCAGGGUACACCAGGUAUGAUAGGAUACGGCAUGGCGAAGGCUGCAGUGCACCAGCUAGUCAAAAGCUUGGCCGGGGAAAAUAGUGGUAUACCUGCAAAUUCUACUGUCUUGGCCACCCUUCCGGUGACCUUGGACACGCCAAUGAAUCGGAAGUGGAUGUCCACAGCAGAUUUUUCAACAUGGACACCUCUGGAUUUUAUAGCUGAGUUGUUCUUCAAGUGGCUGAGUGGUGAGAAUGUUCCUGCCUCAGGUAGUCUAGUACAACUGCUGACCAAGGAUAAUAAAACUGAGCUGACCCUGGCCUGA